AUGACAGACAUGUUGAGUACAACCGUCAUGCAGCUGCAGCACUUUGCUCAGCUUGUGGUGCAGAACAACAGGGAGCAACAGGAAUUCUUAUAUGCAUUCAGGAGUGAAAUGUGGCGUUCUCCGUGUCUCCUCAUGCAGGUCUCUGAUCGCAGCGUGGUAGCUUUGGUCCCCAAGCAAACCUCAUCAUAUAACAUUCCUUCUUCAGCGAGCAUAACCCGUACCUCCAUCAGCAGAUACGACUCUUCGUUCCGUUACACAGGCAGUCCAGACAGCCUGAGGUCUCGUGCUCCUAUGAUCACGCCGGACCUGGAGAGCGGUGUAAAGGUCUGGCACUUGGUGAAGAACCAUGAACAUGGAGACCAGAAGGAAGGAGAUCGAGGCAGCAAGAUGGUUUCUGAGAUUUAUCUAACCCGGUUGUUGGCAACUAAGGGCACUCUCCAAAAAUUUGUCGACGAUCUGUUUGAGACAUUGUUCAGUACGGUCCAUCGAGGGAGUACGCUUCCCCUGGCCAUCAAAUACAUGUUUGACUUCCUAGACGAACAGGCAGACAGACAUGGCAUUUACGACACAGACGUUCGUCACACAUGGAAAAGCAACUGCCUUCCAUUGCGUUUCUGGGUGAACGUGAUCAAGAACCCUCAGUUUGUAUUUGACAUCCAUAAGAGCAGCAUCACGGACGCCUGUCUAUCUGUGGUAGCUCAGACCUUUAUGGAUUCCUGCUCGACUUCCGAGCACCGGCUGGGCAAAGACUCGCCUUCUAAUAAACUGCUCUACGCUAAAGAUAUCCCUAAUUAUAAGAGCUGGGUAGAAAGGUACUACGCUGAUAUCACCCGGAUGCCGGCAAUUAGUGAUCAGGACAUGAAUGCGUAUUUGGCGGAGCAGGCCAGACUCCACUCUACAGAGUUCAACAUGCUCAGCGCUCUCAAUGAGAUCUACUCUUAUGUCAGCAAGUACAGUGAGGAGAUUGUUUCAGCCCUGGAGCAGGAGGAGCAGGCAAGGAAACAGAGGUUGGCCUACAAGGUGGAACAGCUCAUCUCUGCCAUGUCUUUGGAGAGCUGAAGGUGAAUGCUGCCAAAGCAAAGAAGGGGAGAGAAGGGACCGAUGGACCUGCUUAAAAGGUCACUACUUUACCUCUCAUCGUGGGAAAUUUCAACCACGACCUGGACCUGGGACCUCUGUACAUCUACAGCCGGACAAACACAACUGCUUUAGUUUGCGAUUCUUUUCCCCUGCCAUCACGAUGAGACUGACACAGAGGCUCUCCAGCUGGAAAUAAUAAUGUUAUACAUAAGGGACGUUGAGUUUGUUGGUUUCGUUUUCCUCAAAGGAUCCUCUCUAGAUUUGGCAGGAAAUUGCAUGUCAUGUGGGUGUUCACAUGUGUGGGUGUGCAUGAGAGUGUGUGUCAUAUUGAGGAAGACUCGUGCAAGACUGUGAAGGCAAAUGGAGAAACAGAUUUAGCCUCCCAACCCCCAUCUGAGCGAGAAAUGGAGGAAAAUAUCUAAAAAAAAAAGAAAAAAAAAGAAAAAGAAAGAAAGAAAAAACGAAGGCGAAAGGCCGAUCUCAUGUUGGACAGUGUGCAUUCAGAUUACUCAGAUUUUAUUUUUGUACUCUGUAAAUGUGAAUAUCAUCAUCUGCAGUUAAAGAAAAAUAUCCACAGAGUAUCCCUGACUCCAUCUUGUUAGAGAUGCGUCUUAUCUCACUCCUUCCCUUUUUGGACUGAUACUUCACAGAAACAUGUACAUGAACAAAUGCUGCUCUACAUGUGAUCAGAAAGGAGAUCAAAACAACUUCUGCUCAUCAUUGGAAAUCUGAGCAGAUCUUAAUUUUGGAGUUAUAGCUUCGACAGCAUGCAUGAAACAAACUUGAGGCUGAUGGAGGUAAAGUGGCUGCAGAACUGCUUCGCUCUGCUGUUCUAAGGCGCCAAUUGGUGUAUGUGAAUGUAUGUUUUUUUUUUUUUUCUUUUUAAAUCUUUUUAAAUUUCGCAACAAAUAUUGGACCAGUUUAAGUGAGACACACCGAUACUUGUAGUUGAUUCUGCUACGAAAGAGCCGAAAUUCAUCACUCUGAUUCCGAUUUGCUUGGGGAGAAUUAGCCAGCAGUCUGAUACGCAGUAGCUAGAAGAUGACGGGUGAAGCAGUUAGUUUCUAUGUGCUUUGAUUUUCAUUACAUUCCCCACAAAUGUCUCAUUUGGGGAGCGUGAUCAACUUUAUUCACACAGCAUCCCCAAAGUCACGCAUCCGAUGUGUAAACAUUACCAGGAGUUUGGUUUCAUCAAGUGCCAAUGAGUCAGAAGAGAUGCUACUGUAGAAGAUACCGUCCAACUAACGGCGAUGUGUUUGCCCAGACCACAAGAACUCUGUGUGGGUUCAGUUUGACAAAGUGCCAAGAGAUCCUACUGUUUCAGCUUGCUUAUUAGUGUGUCAAAAUCGGUUUACGCUUUACAGAGGACACGUUCUGGGUUAACUUCAAAGCUCUGAAAGCUGGACUGGCGAGUUUUGAAAGGUACGACGUACAAGCAGGAAGGAAAAACCAAAAGGUGGAAACAAAAAUCUGAUGUAUUAAAUGCUGUUUGAAAGCAUUCCCUGACUAAAACCAGGCUGAAAACUGUAGAUUCCAUCCUCUGAAAUGCUGAUUUAUUUUCUUCCAAGACAUGUUUGCUUGUUGUUUACAUCAAGUACUUGAAAAUACGUUUGUACAGUUUUGUGUGUAGAGCGCAUGUACCAGGUGGGUGAAAGGUGCUUCUUUUCUUUGUGGCCUUAGAUACCUGCCUGCUUAGUGUUCCCUGAUCUUACCAGUCCUCAGCCAGGGCACGCUUUUUCAGUGAAUCCUGGCACCAGCACUCAGCUGAGGAUAGUGAGACGAUCUAGAAAGGAGAGGUGAAGAGGCUACGGCCAGGCUGAGGCGGGCAGCACCUCUCCCAGCACUCGGCUCGCCCCAACCGUUUGAAGAGAAGCGCAGAGAAAUGAGAAAGCGAUGCAGGGGUAGAAUGAGAGAGCGAGCCCCUUUAGCUCUGGUUUCCCACUCUGGCUUUGAAGACGCUCUUUGAUCUGAGUCGGCUGCGUGCGCUCUGUGAUCAGGAGAAAACAUCAAACUAAGAGGCGAGAAGAAAUGUCCGAUGACGUGAGGAGUGAGGUGCAAUUGCUGUGUCAUGCCAGUGGGGGCAGCAGUGAGUACGAGGGGCUGGAGUGUGUUGCCUCGUUUGAAAAUGCACCUGCUGAUGGAAUCAGCGAUGCCACAUAAACAAACAGCGGACAGUUCCCUGUUAAAGUAUUGAUAAUCCUUGAUUUUUUUUAAAUGUAUUUUGCUACUUCACAGCCACAAAUUUCAAUGUAUUUUAGUGAGAUUUUAACUGAUAUACCAACUGAAAGUAGUGCAUUCAGAUUUUUUGUUAAUAUAAAUUCUAAUAGUGUGCUCGAAAUUUGCUUUCAGCCCUCCUCAGUUUGCAGAAUCGUCAUUCACUGCAUGAUUCUGCAAGUAUUUUGUGGCAUGUUCCACUUUUGCACAAAUACAAUCUGCAAUUUCUGAUCCCUCUUCGUCACAGAGUGACUUAAUCUGAUUGGAUGAUGUAUGAGGUCUAGGUCUGCAUCAUGAUAUCACCACCAUGUUUUACUGUGUGAAUGGUGUGUACAGGGUGAACUACUCUUAUGACUUCUUCCAUCAAAGUGGUGCAAGAUUAAUAAUUUAUCAAUAGGUUCACUCGAGUUCUGAAUCAGUUUUGGGUUUUUUUUUGUGUGUGUGCAUGCCUUUUAUAUAAUGGUAUCAGAGUAAAAAAGGGCUGAAUAUAUACUCUACUUUGUGUUGGUAUAUCACAUAACAUUAAAAUAAAAUACAGGUUGUGGUUGUAACUUGAUAAAAGACAAGGUAGACCUUAUCUCGUAUUUUGGACCUGAGUCAAGUAGACGUCGGACUGAAUGAUGUCCUAAAAAGAAAAAGAAACUAGCAUCACAGCAGAUUUAGGAUUCAUGAUUCACUGCUUACAUUUGACCUUAAAACUAAAGUGUAUUUGCUUGAAGAACAUGCUUUCUUCUGUGCCACAGGUACAGUUCCACUCUCUGCAGGAUAGCUGACCUUUAGCUGGAAAAAAUUUAAAAAAUAAAUAAAUAAAAUACCAGCAUAAUUAGAGGAAAAGAAGGAGCUUGCAAUCUAAAAUUGAACCAGUUGUUAGUUUAUAUAAACAUAUCAAUUUUCUAAUUUCUUGAAGAUCAUUUCCUGGAAUCUGCCAAUCAAAAGUAUUUAUAGCAAACUAAAAUUAAGGGGUAAGGUCACGGUUUUAUUUGUUGAGUUUGUUUUGGUAUUUAUUUGCAAAUGCAGUAUGUUAAUUUUUCCAGCUCCCUAAUGGUCUAAUAACCGACUCUAGGUACACAGCAGUGCACACAUGCGCAGCACAAACAGAGAACAUGAAGCUUCUUCCUUUUGAUGAAGGUGUCUUCCCAAUUUCAGCGACUAGAAUUGUAUCCUCCUCAUACCUCACAUUGCUUAUAUGGAGUAAUGCUUUCUGUUUCAAUGGGACCUUAAUGCCUUUUUUUCCUUUUUCCAAGGAAUGAACUUUAUUUUUUGACAGAAUCCUUCCAGCUGUUCUGUGAGCUCCUCCCCCUGUAACACAGGAAUGUGAUAAACAAAUCUAGGCUCCAACUGGUUAAGAAUGGCUUUGAUUUUUCUCUCUUAAAACAUUUGUAACCCAGAUGUUUCUCAUCUGAUAUUUAUGCAUGCGUUUUAACUCGUGCUUUAGUUCUGCCUUGUGUUCCUAUUGACAUAUCGAUCUGUGCUAUGAUUUAGCCUGACAGCAAUUCUUCCAUUUGUAAAUGUCUUAAAAUUGCAGCACCUUUUAUUGUGAACAGAGAUUUUUUUUAGUUGUUGUUAUGAAGUGAUUGCUUGUUUGUGUUACCAUGUUGUACGCUCAUUUUAAUUUAAUUUUAAUAAAAGAGAGGAUUUUUCUUUUUUACCCGUUCUGCAGUGCAGAAUUACAUUCGACUGCCAGUUGUGAGAGAUGUUUAGAAAUGCUCACAAACCUCACUUCAGAUGAAGCUGAACAACUGAAAAUGCUUUGUGAAACUUUCUGCUUCCAGUGAAUCGUGGUAUUCCUUACACAAAUCAGAGCAUUUUGUUAUCUUUUCAGCUUGUUUGCUCGCUAAAUGGCAUCAGACACACAAACUCAAGUCCCAAUCAAUGUAUUACUCUCAAUAUAAAAUGAGUAUCCUUCCAUUUUAAACACAUAGUAAAAAAAAAAAAAAAAAACCCUUUUAGACACUGGAGUACUGUAAAAUAGCAAUUACUGGCAUUGAUGAUGAUAAUAAUAAUAAUGGUUGUCUGUUCUUGUUUUAUAAAAGUGUUGUGAAAAUUGUAAGAACUUAAAGUAUUUAAAAAGUUUGUUCUCUUGGUUUUUUAUUUGCUUUGAUUUUGUUAUUAUAAUAUAUUAUUGUGUACCUAUUGUAAAUAUGAAGCACACCUAUUUUGCAAGCCAAGGAUUCACUUUGUACUGUUGUUAUAUAUAAAUAAACUUUGCUGGUUAAAAUUGCAUAGAACCAAAA